GCGUUGCAGGCGGCCUAAGCAGCCUAAGUGGUCACUUGACAAACUUUAGCUGCGUCGUGCCAUCAUGUAUACGGAGUGUGGACGUAUUUGUGGCUGCGUCCUGCUUUUCCUGAUUUUUGGAAGCUGCAGCGCACAGAUCGGCAGCAAAUGCACAUUCCUUAGCUGUCGCUUCGCCAGGCACGCUGCUUGCGAUGCCAACAAUAUCUGCCGGUGCAAGCCGGACUACCCUGUGCAGGUGUCACCGCUCAAGUGCGCAAAAGCACGACGAAAUCUGGAGGUGUGCACUGACAGCAAAGAAUGCACCGUUACAGAUGCAAAUAUGUACUGCUCUCAAACGUCAUCGCAGAGUCGUUGCGAGUGCCAUAUUGAUUUCACCUAUACGAAGAGUCAAGAUCCUGUGAACCUUUCGUUCACGCACUACCGCGAAAUAGCUGGAUUCUUCUUCGAGCUCUUCAAGCUCGGCGGCUUAGCACUGUCCAGCAUGCUCUGCUGCUUCCUUGCCCUGUGGCGACUUUGUAAACGGGCCAACAAUAACUUCCUGAGCAGUUUACAAACCAGUGGCAGUGUAAAUUCAAGAGCGACACGGGAGCACACGCCUGUCCGGACGCAGGACUCGUGGAGUUCCGAUACGUUGCCUUCAUACGAAGCAGCAGUGUCGCUAAAGGUAGUGAACAAUGCCAACUCGUGCCUCUAUCUUUUUCGCACCGCAUAUCGGUGUACAGAGGCCAUCAUCGUCUCAAAAGACCCUCCACCACCAUACAGUGAAGCUGUUACACUGCAACUACCCUUGUCUGAAACAAAAGUGUGACCACGGUGCUUCUACUGACAAGUCUGGAUCCUUCCCAAGCGUUGCUGUAUCAAGCACAGG